AUGAGCCCUCCCCCCUGGUAUAAGGAGAAACUGUCUUCUAAAUGUUUUCGGGAAUACAGCUGUAAAAAAGAGAGAUAUUCAGAUGCCCUCAAUACCCAGCGGUGGCGAUUUUUGAAAAGCGGCCUGGAUGACUUCAGGAGCGGUUGCCCUCUGCCUUCAGACAACAUCAUCCUCCAUGGCAAAAAGGGUCCCAUCCCGGUCAUUCUACAUUACAAAAAAAUGGACCCUUUGCAGACUGUACCAAUUAAGACCUGGGAACAGCACAGCAAAAGGGACGCCAUUUUUUCCAAGCUCAGUGCAUCUCAGAAAAAGAAGAAGGAAUAUAUUGCGCAGACAGAGCGUUUCUUGGCUGAACACCCAUUAAAGCUUUAUCCUCAUUUGGAGGAAAGCGUGUCACCAGAGCUUUUUUGUGAUGUUAUGAGACUCCUGGAUUCCGAGAUGUACCGGAGCAGAAGUUCACAAGGCCAUCCCAAAACCAAAGAGACUCUGCCAACUCUUCAGUUUCCGGAGGAGGAUGGAAUAGAAACAGAAAGGAGGCAUAGCUCCAAUGCCCAGUUCUGGAAGCUCAAAAGCAGAAAUCCUUACGUGUGGCAUAGUAAAAAGGAGUCGACUGCCAGAGAAGAAACAACCAGAAUAGGCUAUGUUCCUCCCUUGGACGAGAACAUAAAGCAGAUCACCAAGGAGUUCUGUGACUGGGUCAACUCUUUGGGAGGCGAACGGUAUAACAUCGACGAAGCCACUGUCCUGAAACUCUUUGACACCAGGUACGAAACCAAAGCCACGUCAUCCACACCCAUCAAAAUUGUGGAGCUGUAUCACGUGCCGGCAGAACUGAAGCUAUGCCUGGGGAAGCCUCCAGCCCAGACAGUUUACCAAAGACCUUCCAAGACACCUGAACCAAAGUGUGAGAAGAAAAAAUAUGGAGCUUGGUACCUGCAUCCCAAGACAUGGGGGGAAAAAGCUCUAUUCGAAAAGCCGGCAGUCCCUGACAUUCUGCAACACUUUUUGAAUUCCAGGAAGUAUGGCAAAAAGGACAAGGAGGAUUCUUCAAAGCCACUCCAUGGAAUAUAUGCCUUUGAUGAAUUCCUUGAAUUGAAAGGCUACAGGAAGCCUGGGUUUCUUCUGCAGAUGCUGCCCUCAAGUAAUGGAGAAAGGACAAGAGAGGUGGACGGAACUCUCUUAAAGAAGUUUUCUGAAUUCCCUGCCGGCGUAGCUGCCCUUGUGGCAGGGACUGAUGCAGUUCUGCGGCUCCCCAACACCGGCAUGUUUGCACCUGGGACAGCGUAG